AUGGGCGUCACGACCACCCUCGCCACCUACUCGACCGCCUCGUUCGCGACCGUCCUCGCCCUGUACCUCGUCUUCACGGGCUCCGGCACCCAGUUCAACCCGGGCGCGUUCCUCGAAGAGACGAGCCCGUACGCCUGGGCCCUCCUCGGCAUCGGCCUCAACAUCGGCCUCAGUGUCAUCGGCGCAGGCUGGGGUAUCUGGAUCACCGGCGCAUCUAUCCUCGGUGGCAGCGUGCGGACGCCCCGCAUCCGCACCAAGAACCUGAUCUCCAUCAUCUUCUGCGAGGUCGUCGGCAUCUACGGCAUCAUCAUCUCGAUCGUCUUCUCGUCCAAGAUCACGUCGGUCCCGACCCUCGCCGAGCUGUACACGCCGCGCAACUUCUACACGGGCUACUCGAUCUUCUGGGGCGGCCUCACGGCCGGCAUGUGCAACCUCCUGUGCGGCGUCGCUGUCGGCAUUUCGGGCGCCAACGCCGCCAUCGCCGACGCGUCCGACCCGCAGCUGUUCGUCAAGGUCCUCGUCAUCGAGAUCUUCUCGAGUAUCCUCGGCCUGUUCGGCCUCAUCGUCGCCCUCCUCACCACCUCGAGCAGCGCCUUCACCUCGACUGCAGCGUCCGUCGUCUCGCCUUAG